GGCUUGCCGAUGCCUCUUCAUUGUUCCGAAUCGUCAGCAACGGUUUCGGUGCAUCCCGAGAGAAGCCACAAGAGCGAGAAGCCACAGAAUAACAGACAUCUGAUGUGAGUAGAUUAUUGUAGACCUAAGUAGCUAGAAUCCUCAUCGUAUGGAUUCAUAGGCCUGUGGCUACGGGAGCUACAAGGGAAGAUAUUUCGGAGGGUCCCGGUGGGGUGUCGGAAAGUGACGAUGGCCUAUCCAGGGAGCGAUGCUGUCGAUGGGCCGUGCUUUGAGGAGACAGAAGGCGUUUGUAAUUUCAGGCCGCAGGACUUUAAGGACAGCAUGGUCAUCGGAAAGGGCAAGGACUGCGUCGUGUACUCAGCCUACUGCCACAAGCUGGACGGGAGGAGGGUGGCCGUGAAGGUGUAUGAGAAGAGCAAGCUGUCCACAUCCAAGCUGCGCGCUGUGAAGCGCGAAGCAGCAAUGAUGAUCUACAUGACGCGCAAACGGGUGCCACUGAUCACCCAGUUCUAUGGAGCCUUCCAAGACGCGUACCAGAUAUUCCUGGUCAUGGAGUACUGCGGAGGGGGGGACCUGCUGGAGCGGCUGCUGAAGGAGGGGCGCGCGAUGUCAGAGCGGCGAGUCAUCCUGGAAGUGGCUGUGCCCCUGCUGAAGACCCUGCAGCACAUGCACAGCAACUCUAUAAUUCACAGGGAUGUGAAGCUGGAAAAUGUGUUCAUCGCAAACGACGGGCGGGUGCGGCUGGGGGACUUUGGCCUGACCAUGAGCAUGAAGCAGGAGAUGGCCAUCUCGCCUGUGGGCACUGUAGAGUACAUGGCACCCGAGGUGGUUGCAUUGCCACCAGUGGAGGCAGUCAUCAGCGGGGCGGUGAAAACCUCAGAGAUCGCAGCCUGCACCGAGAAGGUGGACAUCUGGGCGCUCGGUGUCACUCUCUACGAGCUCCUCACAGGCCAUCUCCCGUUUGAGGGGCGGGACAAGGCGGAGAUAAAGGCGGCGAUCACGGCGGGGCUCAUGCGGCCGUUCAGCGCGAACCUCUCACCGGCGUGCGCGGGCUUUGUGGGAUCCAUGAUGCUGCGCGAUGCCAAGGCGCGGCCGAGCGCCCGGCAGCUGCUGCAGCACCCCAUCGUGCUGGGAUACACUCGCGCCGCCGUGCCGGCCCCGGUCCCGGCCACGCCGCCGCCGCAGCCGCAGUUGCUGUCGGCCGCGUCAAUCUCUGACUCUGUCAGCUCCCUGGAUGGCGCGCACGGCCCCCGGCCCAUCGCCCUCACAGCCACCGGCAAGCGGCCCAGCAACGGGGCCCAGGGGACGAUAACGAUCAGCAUCGGGGGCGCGGGCGGCGGAGCGCUGUCGGGAAGCUUCUCUGUGCGGCAGGGGCAGGCCGCCACAAGCGCGCCCGAAAUCGCGCCACACCACGUGAAUGCACCCCACCUCAUCCUCCAGGGCUCCGGCGGCAGCCUGAUCAAGGCGAGGCACGCGGCGUUCGAGUGUCUGAGCGGCGGCGGAGCGGGCGACGGCGGCAGCAGUGCGAGCAGCAGCGACAUGUUCAACAAUCGCUCCAGCGGAAGCGCGUCAUCGGCCGAGGACUGCAUGCGCGCCGGCGGCGGCGCAGACGCCGGCAGCUUCCGGUCCACUUCCCCACUGCUGCACGACAGCCGCCCCACCUCCGCACAGGGGGCGGCUCCUCACCGGCUGUCGGCGUCCAGGAGACCAAUGCCUCACGAGGACUCUGCACAGUGGCCACAGAAAACAAGGCGCAGCAGCCUCAGCUCAUCAGCCACCGCGGCUAGCGGGGCCCAGCAGAUGAAGGCGCCAAGCCCAGUGGUGAUGUCCAAGGUGGGGGGGCACUUCGGUGGGGAGGGACCCCCCGGCGAGGCCCACGACCUGAGCCAGCUGCUGCCACCGCGGCCGCCACCAGUUCCCCCUCCCGCUGACGAGGACGCCGCGGCCGCCGGCCUGAUGACUCGCGUCACCUCGCUGUUCAACCGCGCCCUCUGCAAGCCGACCCCCCGGGAGCCGCCCGCCGCCUUCCUGGACGAUCGGCACCCCUCGCUGUACGCACGCAAGCAGUUUGUGUGA